AUGAACUAUUAAUCAUAAAAAUUGGAUAGAGAAAAAUGUGCUAAAGAUUCAAGAAUUCUUAGUAUAUUAGAAUCUGGUGGUAAGAUAUUAAUAUUUUAAUAUAGAAUCAAUACUACUUUCAACUUGUUUAUGGAAAUUUAGCCAUAUUAAUAAGUAAUAAGAAAGAAUAUUGUUAAUAACUAAUAAGAAUAUAUACAAUAUAACUCCAUAAAGUACACUUGUAAAUUUCUUUUCAAAAGUAGUUUCAAGUGUUAGAGUGAAAAGGUAUUACAUUUGAAUAAAAAUAUAUUAGAAAAAUAGCAAUAUAAUAUAUAGCUGGUGUUACAAUAAGUAAAUGUGGAUUUGAAUUUGUUAUUCAUGUACCAGAUGAAUAUGAUUAUAGAUAUUCAUCAUUAGAUUUGUAAGAGAUAUUUAAUAUAUAAAAUAGUCGAGAGAAAAUAUUGUCUACACUUUGUGAUGCUUAUUAAAAACUUUUAAAAAAGAGUUUGGCUAUUUAUCUUACUGAUGAUCUUACACUGAUUCCAUAUACUACAACAAAAGUGGAUGCUAAAAAAGGUAUUUGUAGAAUGCAUGGACAUCCAAUCAAUAUUGAUCCAUAAACUCUAUCCAAUUUUGAUUUUUCAACAUUGAAAUCUAAUGAAGAGAAUUAAAAAUAAUCAAUAAGAAAUACUUAUGAUUACAAUCAACAUUAUAAAUUACUUAAAUAUUUAUAUUAAGGGAUGUUAGGAUAAGUAAUACUUGUUUAACAUAUAAAAUCAGAGAAAUAUUAUGUUUUCAAAUUAAUGUAGAAAUAGGAUGUUAUUACUACUGAUCAUUUAAAUCAUGCUUAAAUAGAGAGAAAACUCUUAGAGAUAUUUGAUCAUCCAUUUAUAAUUAAAUUAGUAUAAGCAUUUGAAACAGAUGAUUAAUUAAUAUUUGUAUUACCAUAUUAUUAAGGAGGAGAUCUAUAUACUCAUUUAAAGAAAGAGACUAGAUUAAAAGAAGAAAGAGUUAAAUUUAUAGUUGCAUAAUUAAUAUUAGCUUUAGGUUAUAUGCAUGAUCGUGAUUAUUUAUAUCGUGAUUUAAAACCUGAAAAUAUUCUUAUAGAUUCUUAUGGUUAUAUAGUAUUAACAGAUUUAGGAUUAUGUAAAUAAUUACCAAAUAAUCAUUUAUCUUAUAGUUUUACAGGAUCUGCUGAAUACAUAGCUCCUGAAAUGAUUACUGCUAUAGGUUAUAAUAGAAUGAUUGAUUGGUGGAUGUUAGGAAUAUUAGUAUAUGAAUUAAUAUUUGGAAUCACUCCAUUUUAUUGUGAUAAUCAAAGUUAAGUAUUUGAGUCAAUCUAAGAAAGAGAAGUGAGAUUUUCUACUAAUAUUGCAAUCUCUAUUGAAUGUAAGGAUUUUAUAACAAAUCUUUUAAAAAAGGAUCCAAAAGAAAGAUUGGGAUAUAAAAGAGAUUUCUUGGAUUUAUAGACACAUUAAUGGUUAAAAGAUAUUAAUUUUGGAGAACUACUUAGAAAAACUAAUUAAACAUGGAAAUUAAAUUUAAAUGAUCCUUUAGAUUUAAGAUUUUUUGAAUCUGAAGAUAUAACUUUAGGUAAAUAAUAAUUAUAUAUAAGAAUCUUUAAAUGCUUAAUAAUAAGAUAAAGCACUCAUAUAAAAGUUUAAUUAAGAAUUUCAAAAUAUUGAAUUCAAUCUAUGA